AGGCGCUCCAAAUCCUCCCUUUCUUUUAGCAAAUAAAGCUCAGUCGCUACCGCCUGUCCCAGUCCUCUGCAGUAAAUACUUUUCCCUAAAAAAGGGAUUUUAGCUGCCUGGCACAGCCAGGGCAGAGAACCCAGGCGCGGGGUGAGUGCAUGGAGCGGGAGCGCUGGGCCCCAGAGAGGCAAUGCGGACGUCUAGAAAAGCCGCUGCUGCUGGCGGCGCCGCAUUCGGUCUCCCGCGCUCCACGUGUCUACGCCGGAGAGCGCGCGCUACCCGCCUCCCUCCCUGCUUUUAGACACGCCCACGGGCUCGAGCGCGGGCUCGCGCUUGCCUCGCCCCCUCUCCUUCCGAAGAGGGAAAAUGCGAGGGAGGAGGGGCGAGGCCCGCGAUUGGCCGCCGUUUACAGCCUCCCCGCCAUUGGCGGCCGGGCUCGCGGGGCGGCACCUGAUUGGCCGUCGGGAUUUUGGAUACCAAAUUCAAAGUUUUUAAAAGUACCCGGCAAGCGCGGCAGCCGCCCAGAGUCAUUCACCGGCCGCGGCUCGCGCGGAGGGAGCAGCGCCCCAGGAUACAAACCAGAAAAUAAUGAAAGCAAACCUUAACCACUCCAUGAAAAUGAAAUGUGAUUUUAAUUGUAACCAUGUCCGCUCUGGACUCGCACAAUUAAAGACUGAUGCAGUAAAGACAAGACUAGAAGAAUCCUCUACCUCGAAUUAUGAGGAAGGGUCUUGUAAAGACUGUGUUAAAGAAUAUCAGAGGCUAUUGCAUAGUGAACUGCAGAAUGCAACCCCCAGGAAUUUUGACCCCAAAGCUGAAGGAAGGCUUAUACAUAACAAAGAAAACCAGCAAGUAUUGUACAGAUUUGGUGAAGGUGCCUGUGAAAUGGAGGCGUUAGAAAACAGUAGGUUUAAUGAGGAGAGUGGUUACUCCUCUAUGUUGAGCAGCGAGUACAAUGAUCCAACAGAACAUGAAGACAGUAUAUUACUGGCGGGAAAUAUAUAUGGCACACCAAAUCACUGUCUCAUGAACCAAAGCCAAGCACAGCUUUCCAAAAAAACCUUGUUACCAGUUACCUAUUUUGAAGAACUGGUUUGCUCAACUUUGAAAAAAAGUGGUAAAAGAAAUCUUAAAUCAUGGGCUAUUGUGGACAGAAUUGUUUCCCAGGGAAGCGUUGAAUUUAAGAAUCUAAUUGGCAAAAAAAUGGGAUUAGAUGGAAUAGACAUUCUUGGUGAACUCUUCCAAAGGGACCUCAGACAUCUUUUAGCAAAAAUCUUAACACAUCUUGAUGAGAUGGACUUAAUAAAUGUGGCUAAAGUGAGUCCAACAUGGAAGAAAAUUCUAAAGGAAGACAAAUGGGCUUUCCAAGUGUAUAGUAAAGCAGUGAAAAGCCUUUCUGAUGGUAGUGUACGGCCCUCAGAACAUACUGUAACAAGGGAAUAUGUUCUGUAUCGAGCAGCUUUAGCUUCUGUUCAGACAGCAGCCCCUCCAAACAGCUCAUCCAAAAAAGCAUCCAGAUCCAAAUCAUCCAACCAGAGCAAUCAGAAUGGUUCUUACAGCCGACACAUGGAGUUUUCUGAGGCUGCCAAGACCUUGAAAAACACUGAAAACCUUAAGGUUUGUAGUCGCUGCAGCUCACCUGCAAAAUAUGACUCCUAUCUACAGAGGGCAACGUGCAGCCGUGAAAGCUGUAGCUUUGACUUUUGCACCAAGUGCCUGUGCUGCUACCACAAUUCCAGACACUGUGCAAGUGGCAAACCUGUGAAAUCAAGCUCUCAACUAGGACUUCUUCCUGGCACCAAAAAGAGCAAACAGAAUUUGCGGAGAUUGUGAUCUGUUGUGCUGUUAGCAGCUGCUAUUCUAUCACAGAGGUUAAUUCAGAGAUGAAAGUUAUCCUAAAGAAAAGUGAAUGUGGGAGUAGUUCUUAGUAAAUAUCUGUUUUUAAAAUAAGUUGAAUGUAUUCUAGAUCCAUUUCUCAGCUGUAGUCAAUUUUUAAAAACUUUUGAGAAUUUUCAGAAAUUUGUCCAUAACCAAACAUGUUUUUUUACUGAUUUAUAAAAUUUAAAAGAAAAAUUUGGAUAUGAAUUCUACAGUAUCUUUUAAAGAAUGUUCUUAACUAUUAACUUAAAUUAAAAAAAAAAACCAAGGUUAAUUGAUCAUUUUUGGCAAGUAUUCCUACAUGUCUGAAGCUAGCAUUUUUCAAUGGGGGGGAUGGAAGAAGAAUUGUUUUAAGGAUUGAAUUUUGUUUUAAUUAAGUAAUAUUUGAUUUUAUUGUUCCAGAAAAGUAUUUUAAAUGAGUUUACAGUGGAAAUUUGAAUUGGAGUAUGCAAAUUAAUGAGGUCCUUUUAUAUACAAAAAGUUGUGGGACUCUUUGUUUUAGAGUACAUACUUUGCAUUUGAGCCUCAUCAGUCUAAAAUUAGAACUUUAAGUUAAAUUUUCAAAACACUAGCUGAUCUGAUGAUUUACCUGAAAUUAAUCUUGGAUUUGACUGGUGUUUUUUCAUUCCCCUCUGCUGAUAUGAUCAAGGAGCUACAAACUGACGUAGGACUCUUGCCAUACUGACUCCAUCCCAAAAAAGUGUUUUUUUAAAAAAAAAAAAAAAAAAAAAAAAAAAGUAUAUAGUGACAUUGCUAAA